CAGUUGGAAGAGAACAUCUAUUUGACCAAGGCUAGAGCCCAAAAAAAAGAGGAAAAUCUGCUGAAUUUUACCAAGAGACAAUCUUUGGGGAAGCCCUAGAGCCUGCCCUAGCCCUGCACCCGUGCAGACGCUCUGCUUGCUUUGCCUCCGAGGAGUCUGCGCAGCAAUGAACAUCUUCCGGAUCCUGGGGGAYAUCUCCCACUUGCUGGCUAUUAUCAUCCUGCUGAUUAAGAUCCAGAGGUCUAAGUCCUGUGCCGGUAUCUCCGGGAAAAGUCAGAUACUUUUUGCCCUUGUCUUCACAACCCGCUACCUGGACCUGUUCACAAACUUCAUAUCCAUCUACAACACCGUGAUGAAGGUCAUUUUCUUGCUAUGUGCCUACAUCACCGUGUACAUGAUCUAUGGGAAAUUCCGGAAAACAUUYGACAGCGAGAAUGACUCCUUUCGCCUUGAAUUCCUCUUGGUCCCUGUCACAGGCUUGUCAUUUCUGGAGAAUCACAGCUUUACACCCUUGGAGAUCCUCUGGACCUUCUCCAUCUACCUGGAGUCAGUGGCCAUCCUUCCCCAGCUCUUCAUGAUCAGUAAGACGGGGGAAGCAGAGACCAUCACAACUCACUACCUUUUCUUCUUGGGCCUCUACCGUGCUCUCUACAUCGCCAACUGGAUCUGGCGCUACCAYACUGAGAAAUUCUACGACCAGAUCGCGGUAGUUUCCGGGGUGGUACAAACCAUCUUCUACUGUGAUUUCUUUUAUCUCUACGUUACCAAAGUCCUAAAAGGAAAAAAGCUCAGCCUUCCGAUGCCUAUUUGAAGAUGCUUCCACAACUGCAAGUGCCUGAAGACGAAGGUCCGAGCUCACAGCCUUCCUCUCCUGCCCCUUGCUGACCAAGCAAAGGGCCGAGUUCCAGCUCCACGCCAGAAGACRCUGAGGCUUGGAAAGCUGGAACGCUUUUUGACCUGUAUGGGACUUUGCCUCAGUUUCCCUCAUCCUCUCCUCUUCUUACUUGAAUCUAGUGCUAGAACGUAGUGCUGGGCAAUAUCACAGCCACCUCAGCUAUCCCCUCCUGCUUUGAUCCACAGUGUCCACAUCCAAAACACUCCCCUAUCCUGGCCCUAAGGCACAAGGAAUAARAGGGAAGUUGUCACUACCCCUUCAGCUCUUCAGCCUUUACAACAGCCUAUGCAGAGGAGAACUCGGUGUUGCCAACWCCGUAACACACACAGUCCCGCUUCACGUGCGGCCACCUCCGGCACGGCAGGCACGGCCUUACAGAACUCAUGUGUGCACCAGGAUCCACCUGCGACUCCGCUCUGCCUUCCCCCUAUUCCAGUCAGGUCCCCGAACCCGCAAGAAAAAUAUAUUUCUUUCAAAUUACAAGAAACUUCCAAUUCUACAGAUACUCAGACAUCAUUUUUUCUUUUUCCCCCUCCUUCCUUCAGUGACAGUUCCUAAAAUUCUACCAAGGGGGAACAUUUCUAUUAAAAUCCAGUAUGGUACCAACGGAUGUCUCUAACUCCUUCAACUUGUUUAAGAACUGGGAGGAAAAAAGAAAAAGGAGGGGGGUACAGAC